AUGCGAAGGCGAUGUGUAAUCCCGAGCCUUCCGGACGUGGUUCUACGGCACAUCUUCAGCUUUCUCAACUAUCGACUGUUGUGUAAAGCAGAAUCUGUGUGUCGACGCUGGAAAACCGCCGUGAAGUCGUUGAUAAGAUACCAAAUUCAUGAAAUCAUCAUCGAACGAUUCGGCGCAUCAUCACCGUCAGUGCAUGAGCUGAUGGCCUUUCGACGAUUGUCGAUCAAUUGCCCAAUCGAUGCGUUCGAUUUUCUUGCCGGUGUUCUUCGACGAUCGCGUUCAUCACUGACCAGAAUGACGGUUGACAUAAAACUUCUCGCUAAUCUGAAAUACGUUCGCGUCGACAAAGAAGAACGAAGAAAAUAUUUUUCGAACGUCGAGGAUCUCUGGCUUCUCAUUGUGGACUGUAACGACGAAGUUACUACUGAAUUUCUUUGCAUAGAAGGCCAGUUAUUCACUGACAUCCUUAACUUCACUCUUCAAGUGCACAUCAUGCCUAACUACUACGACAACGUCGCCAUGGUAGUCAACGCGCUUAUCAGUCGACACUCGAAAGCAAGCAUACAACUUGAACUUCACGCUCCGACUAGCUCCAUGGUUUUCAGUCAGCUGCUCGGGCUUCACUCACUAUGUGCUAGACGAAUUAAGAUCAUCUGUACUGAAUUCAACUUACCGUCAUUCUGCUUCAGUCGUUUGUAUACGGUAAUGAAGGAGCACGACAUUCGCACUAAGAAUCUUGUCGUUAGGGAUUGGACAAUUCUGGUCGACGCCUCAUCGCCCAUUAUUGCUUACCCAGUUGACACUCUUCGAAUCAGCAGCUGCACAAUCGAAUCCGUAGACGAUCUUGUAGGAGGCCUACGUGUCACUAUCAACCAGGUGAGGCAUUCAUCAUCAUCAUCAUCAUCUUAUCCUGUCCACUGCCAUUCAUUGGUUUUGGUCACGACGGUAUUGCCUAAGGAAACGUUGUACGUGAAAAAACUGGAGAUCGCCGGUCAGUGUACACUACGGGGUCUACAAUUUUUGCAGAACAAAGCGCACAUCGAAUUAGAGAAGAGACUGAAAAUCGCUGUACCAGACGUCGAAGUGGACUUUGAAGAGAUCUACUAUUGUUGGUAA